UUGAGCAUGAAUAAUAUCACUGCCAACUGCUCAAUACCAACAAAACUUUGAACACCUUCCUCAUAUAUUGCUCAACUAUCUUUACAUGUCAAAGGAAAUUCUCUCCUACAAAUGCAGUUGCCUGCUGGUAAUUAAGAUCUGCCUCAGCACUCUCAUGGCUCCUUGGGUCCAAGAGCUCCAUUUCAAUCACCUAACCAUCCCCAUAACCAUUAACAGUUUGGUCCCAAUUAUGCCUGCUGGACCUAUUCCAGUUGCCUCAGGUGAUACCCUUUAUCUUUCAAACCUUGAUGAUAUGAUUGGAGCUCGUGUUUUCACCCCAACAAUAUACUUCUAUAGAUCAGAUUACAAAAGUUGUGCUAAAACUUUCGUUAUGAAAAGAUUAUGUGAUGCUCUAGCUUAUGUUUUAGUUCCUUACUACCCUUUUUCUGGUAGGAUUAGAGAAACCAAGAAUGGGAAGUUAGAGGUGUUUUUUGGACCAGAACAAGGUGCGCUUAUGAUUGAGGCAUACUCAAAGAUGUCCUUAGCUGAACUAGGUGAUCUCACUGUGCCAAACCCUGCAUGGUCACCAUUGGUCUACAAGUUCCCAAAUGAAGAACCUUAUAAAAUUUUCGACAUGCCAUUGCUUAUUGCUCAAGUAACCCAAUUUAGUUGUGGUAGCUUUAGCCUAGGCUUAAGACUCUGCCAUUGCAUCUGUGAUGGAAUUGGUGCUAUGCAAUUUCUUAGGGCAUGGGCAGCCACGGCAAGGACAGGCACCUUGGUGACAAAUCCUGAACCAUGCUGGGAUAGGGAAUUUCUCAAACCUCGCAGCCCACCGGUGGUAAAACAUCCACAUAUUGAGUUCAUGAGGAUAGAAGAUGGCUCAACUCUAACAAUGUCUUUAUGGCAAGAAAAGUCUGUCCAGAAGUGUUAUCGAAUCAGUAGAGAGUUUCAAGCUAAGCUGAAAGAUUUAGCUCAAUCAAAUGAUAAGUUCUCUUGCUCUACAUUUGAUGCCAUGGCAGCCCACAUUUGGAGGUCAUGGAUAAAAGCACUGGAUGUAAAACCAAGAGAAUAUAAGCUUAGGCUAACAUUUUCUGUCAAUGCUCGCCAAAAGCUCAAAAACCCACCUUUAAAAGAUGGUUUCUAUGGUAAUGUGGUGUGUGUAGCAUGUGCAGUAAGCUCUGUUAAUGAGCUUGUCAAUGGAAAUCUUGCUAAUACUACCCAUUUAGUAUGCGAGGCUCGGAAUAGUGUCUCAGAGGAGUAUUUGAGAUCAACAAUAGAUUAUGUAGAAGUGGACAGGCCAAGGAGGCUUGAAUUUGGGGGGAAAUUGACAAUAACACAGUGGACAAGAUUUUCCAUGUAUGAGUCUGCAGAUUUUGGGUGGGGAAGACCAAUUUAUGCAGGUCCUAUAGACCUGACCCCAACUCCACAAGUUUGUGUAUUCCUGCCAGAAGGGGAAACCGAUUCUAAUGGGAGAAUGGUGGUCUGCAUUUGCCUUCCUGAGUAUGCUACCAAUAGAUUUACUGAAUACUUGUGUUCUGUAGUUCCGUCUGAUGAAUAUGUUAAUAGGAAAAAGCUCCUAAAUUGAGAAAACAGCUCUAAAUGUGUUAGAUAUUUGAUCAACUCCCAAAUUAAUUACAAAUAUACCUUAAAUCUUUUGUUUA